UUCUCCAGAUAAAGAAUGUGAACAUUUCACAAGACACUCCUUAAGAUCUAUGAGGAAAAAUAAUCAACGUUACCCAAAUUCUAGUUUUGACAACAGCAUGGCAAUGCUGAGUGAGAAUGGUAUAAACAGGAAACAUUUUACAAGGCAGCUAGCUAGACUCCAAGCUGACAGAAAAAAUGAAGAUUGUGAAGAAGGUACUGUAGUUCCUGUCACGAGGUCACUGAAAACAGGAAUAAAUGGGAAGCCUGCUGAACAUGUUGCAGAAGAAAAUGGAGAUGUUGAAGUCCGUCGCAGUUGCAGAAUUAGGCAUAGUCGCUAUAGUACUAUGAACCAAUCAGUUUUAUUUGACAAGCUUAUUACAAACACUGCAGAAGCUGUACUACAAAAAAUGGAUGAUAUGAAGAAGAUGCGCCGGCGCCGGAUGAUGGAUUUGGAAGAUCUUGGAGUGUUCAAUGAUAGAGAAGAGGAAAACCUCGAUGUGUUCUCAAGAGGGAAACCAAAACGAGCAAUCCAAAGGACUGAUGAAGAAACCACUGAUAACCAGGAUGGAAGUGCAGAAUCAUCAGAAGAAGGUGAAGACCAAGAAGAUGAAGAUGGAGAAGAUAAUCAAAAGCGCUAUGACCUUAGACAGCGAAAAACGGUUGUGCGCUAUCAGGCCUCACCAGAAAAACCCAGGCACCAAAGGAAGCCCAAAUUAUUUUAUCCUGAUGCAGACCCUCCAGCUAGGCGAAGGUUUUCCUUCAGCCCUGCAGGACCAAGGAGCCCUUACUGUAAAAAGAUAAACAGACGAAAGCAUGCAAUUCAUAAUAGUGAUUCUACAUCAUCAUCGUCAUCUGAUGACGAGCAACGUUUUGAGAGGCGUAGGAAACGAAGCCGGAACAAAGCACUAAGCAGGUGCCUUCCAUUAAACUUUAGGAAAGAUGAGUUGAAGGGAAUACACAAGGAUCGAAUGAAAAUUGGAGCAAGCCUUGCUGAUGUUGAUCCAAUGCAAAUAGACUCUUCAGUACGAUUUCAUAGUGUGGGUGGACUCUCAAGCCAUAUUUCAGCUCUAAAGGAGAUGGUGGUUUUCCCACUGCUUUAUCCAGAAGUGUUUGAGAGAUUCAAAAUUCAGCCUCCAAGGGGCUGCCUCUUCUAUGGUCCACCAGGCACUGGAAAAACUCUUGUUGCCAGGGCACUUGCUAAUGAGUGCAGUCAAGGUGACAGAAGAAUAGCAUUUUUCAUGAGAAAAGGUGCUGAUUGUCUCAGUAAAUGGGUGGGAGAAUCUGAACGACAACUUCGUCUAUUAUUUGAUCAGGCCUUUCAGCUGCGUCCUUCAAUUAUAUUCUUUGAUGAAAUAGAUGGUCUUGCUCCUGUACGGUCCAGUAGACAAGAUCAAAUUCACAGUUCAAUUGUGUCUACACUGCUUGCACUGAUGGAUGGCUUAGAUAGCAGAGGUGAGAUUGUGGUGAUUGGAGCUACCAAUAGAUUGGAUUCUAUAGAUCCUGCUUUGAGAAGGCCUGGACGUUUUGACAGAGAAUUCCUCUUCACCUUGCCAGAUAAAGAUGCAAGACAGGAGAUCCUUAAGAUACAUACACGAGAAUGGUCCCCUAAGCCAUCGGAGAUGUUUCUUGAAGAGUUAGCUGAAAAAUGUGUUGGAUACUGUGGUGCUGAUAUUAAGUCCAUAUGUGCUGAAGCAGCUUUGUGUGCCUUGCGUCGGCGUUAUCCUCAGAUAUACACCAGCAGUGCCAAGUUGCAGCUGGAUAUCUCUUCUAUCAACAUAACUGCUAAGGAUUUUUUGGUGGCUAUGCAGAAGAUCAUACCUGCUUCUCAGAGGGCAGUGACCUCACCUGGCCAAGCACUCUCUGCCAUUUCAAAACCACUCCUUGAAAAAACGCUAAAGAAAAUCCUGGAAGUCCUACAGAAUGUGUUUCCACAUGCAGAGUUGGCACAAAAAGGAGAGAAAUCAGAUUUUCCAAGUCACAUGUUUGACACUGACUUGCUGUACAGUGAUGAAGAGGGGCCACCACUUUUUGAAACGGGACAUUCUCAGAAAAAAACUGAUAAACAGAAACAACAUUUUCUUAAUUUUAGCAGAAGUGCUUAUCACCAGCCAACAUCUUACCGACCGAGGCUCCUAAUAGCAGGAGAACCAGGAUUUGGACAAGCCUCUCAUUUGGCUCCAGCAGUUAUACAUGCUUUGGAAAAAUUCACUGUGUAUACACUAGACCUUUCCAUUCUCUUUGGAGUUGGUUCCAAAACACCUGAAGAAACAUGUGGCCAGUUAAUCUGUGAAGCCAAGAGAACAGCACCAAGUAUAAUAUAUGUCCCAAAUGUUCAUAUAUGGUGGGAGACGAUCGGACCUACAUUGCAAGCAACGUUUACCACAUUGUUACAGAACAUUCCAUCUUUUGCUCCAGUUUUGCUCCUUGCAACAUCUGAUGUCCAUCAUGCAGUUUUGCCACAUGAGGUACAAGAAUUAUUUGCUGAUGGUUAUGGAGAAGUAUUUCAUGUCCAUUUGCCUAGUGCUGAAGAGAGAAGAAAUUUUUUCGAGGAUUUAAUCCUUCACCAGGCUGUUAAACCACCUGCAUCAAAAAAGAAAGCAGUUUUGCAGGCUUUAGAAGUAUUGCCAGUGGCAGCAGCACCUGAACCACGGCAGCUGACAGAACAGGAGGUCAAACAACUUGAGGAACAAGAAGAAGAUACUUUACGUGAACUCAGGAUUUUCUUAAGAAAUGUUACUCACAGGCUUGCCAUUGACAAACGUUUCAGAGCCUUUACAAAACCAGUUGAUUUGCAUGAGGUACCAGACUAUGUCACAGUUAUCAAGCAGCCAAUGGAUCUUUCAACCGUUAUUUCAAAAAUUGACCUUCACCAAUAUCUGUCCGCUAAAGACUAUCUGAAAGAUAUUGACCUCAUUUGUAGCAAUGCAUUGGAGUACAAUCCAGAUCGAGAUCCUGGAGAUCGCCUCAUUAGACACAGAGCCUGUUCUCUCAGAGAUACAGCGUAUGCAAUAAUUAAGGAAGAAAUGGAUGAAGACUUUGAACAACUUUGUGAAGAAAUUCAAGAGUCUCGUAAAAAAAGAGGUUGCAGCUCCUCAAAAUAUGCCCCGUCUUACUAUUACGUAAUGCCAAAGCAGAAUACCAUGCUUGAGUUCAAGAAAAUGGAUUCUGAAUAUACUGAGAAACUGAAAAUUUCUCCAGUACCUCUGAAUUCUAGUUCUCCUUCACUUUCUAAUGCCUUAUCAAAAAGAAAACUUAGAAGAAAGAGCCGAUGGUGCCUGGGUAACCUAGCAAAGCGGAAGAAGACUUCUCACUUCAAUAAAGAGAACAAAGCUCCAGAAGAAGAGCAAGACGAAGCAGAGAGUAAUGGAGAAGAAUGUCAGGAAAAUCAUGACUCCAGCAUGGAGCAAGCUGAAGUUGAAACAAUUCAGAAUUCAUUAGAAGAAACAGAAAUUCUUCUUCCAGAGCAACACGCAAAUGGCUGUGAAAAUAAAUCUGAGCAUGAGAAUGAACAAACUGUUGAUAGUUCUAAGUGUAGAUCUGAGAAGGGCAAUAAGGAUACUGAAUGUUCCGAACAAAGCAAAGGGUGUAAUGGGGACCUAAUGGAACAUACAUUAGAUAAGGACACUAAUGAUAUAUGUAUGCUUCGCAUGACCCGUGCAAGGCGUUUUCAGGUGGAACAGCAGCAUCUCAUCAGUGUUGAAAAAGCUAUGGAGAUUCUCUCAGAGCAAACACCACCACUCAUUGUGGACUAUGCAAAGCUUAAUGAAUUACUGGAAAUAGUUACUGAGAAAAGUAGAAACUACACGAUACUUCAGUUGGAAAAACUUUAUGCCUUGCUCAGCCAAUGUAUUUAUCGAUGUCGCAAAGACUAUGACAAAACCAAAUUGAUCCAGGAAAUGACAAGAGAAAUUGCAGCCUUCAAUGAAUUCCAUCCUUGAAAUCUUCUAAUUUGAAAUGUUUUAUCAGCAAUUAAUUUAAGACCAAAUAUCUGUGUACAAUAGAUUUUACUAAUCUAAUGUUCUUGAUUCUACCGAACAUGAGUACAGAAGCCAUGGCCUUGUAGCAAAUUGGAAGCUAGAACUAAAGAAGGCCAGUGUUCUCGCCAUGAUGUGUGACAGUCUUCAUAAUGUGUGUUUGGUUUCCUGUUCUUAAAACCUCUCUUAUAACUAUCAGAUGAUAAAACAAACCCAUUAAAAUCCUUUAAAAACAAACCCAUAACUAGUUUGGGAAGGAGGAAUGUUAAUGUUUUGAACAUAAUUAUACAUUGCACCACUUUUUCUCUGAAUUGAAUAAAAAUAUAUGCUAAUUUAUCUCAGCAUUUUUCAAUCAAAUCAUGUAUAUAUGUUGAACCUGUAUUUUAAAAAUACAGUUACUAUCUUAACAUCGCAUAUGGUUUUAAAACAAGUGACAGAACACUUUGUAUUCUAAUUCCCCACAUUUCC